CCCCGGGCCCGGGCCCGGCUCCGGCCCCGGCAUGUCUGCGGCCGCCUCGGCGGAUAUGAUCGAGACUCCCCCGGUGCUCAACUUCGAGGAGAUCGACUACAAGGAGAUGACCGUGGAGGAGGUUGUUGGAAGAGGAGCCUUUGGCGUGGUCUGUAAGGCAAAAUGGCGAGGAAAAGAUGUGGCCAUCAAACAAAUAGAAAGUGAAUCUGAAAGAAAAGCCUUCAUUGUUGAGCUUCGACAGUUGUCACGCGUGAAUCAUCCUAAUAUAGUCAAGUUAUAUGGAGCCUGUCUGAAUCCAGUGUGUCUUGUUAUGGAGUAUGCUGAAGGAGGUUCUCUAUACAAUGUGCUGCAUGGUGCUGAGCCUCUGCCUUAUUAUACUGCUGCACAUGCAAUGAGUUGGUGUUUACAGUGUUCCCAAGGAGUGGCAUAUCUCCACAGCAUGAAGCCAAAGGCUCUAAUUCACAGGGACCUGAAACCACCAAACUUGCUGUUGGUAGCUGGGGGGACAGUUCUAAAAAUCUGUGAUUUUGGUACGGCCUGUGAUAUUCAAACACACAUGACCAACAAUAAGGGAAGUGCUGCUUGGAUGGCACCUGAAGUUUUUGAAGGUAGCAAUUACAGUGAAAAAUGUGACGUAUUUAGUUGGGGUAUUAUUCUUUGGGAAGUGAUCACCCGGAGGAAACCUUUUGAUGAGAUUGGUGGUCCAGCUUUCCGCAUAAUGUGGGCUGUUCAUAAUGGUACUCGGCCACCACUGAUCAAAAAUUUACCUAAGCCUAUUGAGAGUUUAAUGACCCGGUGCUGGUCUAAGGAUCCCUCACAACGACCUUCCAUGGAAGAAAUUGUCAAAAUUAUGACACACUUGAUGCGGUACUUCCCAGGAACUCAGGAACCUCUUCAGUAUCCUUGUCAGUAUUCAGAUGAAGGCCAAAGCAACUCAGCCACUAGUACAGGCUCGUUCAUGGACAUCACGUCUACAAACACUAGUAACAAGAGUGAUGCUAACAUGGAACCUGCUGACAUUCAAGGAACUGCUACCAAUGAUACCAUUAAACGCUUAGAAUCAAAAUUAGCCCAGCAAAUGAAAAAUGCAGCAAAGCAGCCAGGUGACCCUGGUCGUUUAAGUUUACCUCCAUCUCGUGGAAGUAGUGUGGAGAGCUUGUCUGAUGUUCGUGGACGACCACAGUCAACCCUUGUUUCAGGGGAAGGCGCUAAGAGAAUGAGUGCCGACAUGUCUGAAAUAGAAGCAAGAAUUGCUGCUACCACAGCCUAUUCCAAGCCUAAACGAGGCCAUCGUAAAACUGCUUCAUUUGGCAACAUUCUGGAUGUCCCUGAGAUCAUCAUACCAGCAGGAAACGGACAGCAGAGGCGUAGAUCCAUUCAAGACCUUAGUGUUGCUGGAACAGAAUCCAGUCAGGAGAGUAGAAACAGCAGUAGGUCUUCUAGUCCUAGUGUGAGAAUGAUCACUACCUCGGGACCAACCUCUGAAAAGCCAGCUCGUAGUCUUCCAUGGACACCUGAUGAAUCUACAGAUACUAAUGGAUCAGAUAACUCCAUCCCAAUGGCCUAUCUUACACUAGAUCAUCAGUUGCAGCCUCUAGCACCAUGCCCAAACUCCAAAGAAUCUAUGGCUGUGUUUGAACAGCACUGUAAAAUGGCACAAGAAUAUAUGAAAGUUCAAACAGAAAUCGCAUUGUUGUUGCAGCGAAAACAAGAACUAAUAGCAGAACUGGACCAGGAUGAAAAAGACCAGCAAAACACAUCCCGUCUGGUACAAGAACAUAAAAAGUUGUUAGAUGAAAACAAAAGUCUUUCAACAUACUACCAGCAAUGCAAAAAACAAUUAGAGGUCAUCAGAAAUCAGCAACAAAAGCGGCAAGGCACAUCAUGAUUCACUGGGACCUUUCUGAUGAAAAAUAUGCACACAAAAGACUGGUUUUUUUAUUAUUCCUUAUUUUGACAACUGAUGAGUGUUAGCUUCUUGGUGUGUUCUGAAUGCCUAUAUUUGUCUGCUACACUUAAAACAUCAUUUAAUUUUCCUUUUCCUAUGAUGGACAUUCAGUUCAACAAGUUAAUCAAAUAAGGUGGGAGAAAAUUGACUUGAGUUAAUCAACGGCACUCAAGUUAAAGCAAAUACAGUGAACUGUGGCUGUAUGCAUGCUCCUUGUGUGAAGGCUAGCCUAACAGAUGUUAAAGUGGCUGCUAAAUUAUAAGAUCUUGUUUUUAAUUUUUGGUGUUACCUCGAUAAGAGCAAAACACAAACUCUUCUGGUUUAGAAUGGUUUUGUUCUUGUGUCUCAUCUCAAGGAAAUUUACAAUGACAGUCAUUUUCAGGAUUUAAACAUGUACCAUACUGCAGAGAUGAUGUUGUUUGACCAAUAAUUCACAAUGCAUUAGUGAGACAUUUUACCUUUAGGCUUGGUGCAUUUUUUCAGAUGGAAAAUAUUAAUCAAACUGAUGCCAGCAUUGGUUCAGAACUUGAUGACCCUGCAUUUUGACUGAAAUGUUUCUUGUAAUCUUGUAUUCAUAAAAUAUUUGAAGUAAAAGAUUAUUUUCUUUACUUUCAUGUGGGGGAUUGACGUGCAGGGGGUGGCAUGCAGUUUUAUCUAAUCAUACUGAGCAAAAAGUAUUGUGAUUCAUUGGGUAAAAAGGUCUCAUAUAAAAGAAACCAAUCAGAAUGUAUACAAAUGCGUGUUGAAGCUUACCACUUUUGUGCCUCUAUCAUCAUUUUCAGAAAGAUAUUCAGAAAGCAAAUGAACAUAAAGGUUAUAGAAUCAUUCCCUCUAUAAUAGUUAAUGGGAUAUUUUUUUACAAUCUAUUUGAAACACUGAAAAAUAUGGCAGCAUUCACCAUAAAUGUAAAUCAGUUUGUUUCCAGUAAGGAACUGGAGGCUGCUGAGAGAAUUUUAUUUAUUUUAAAUACAAAAUCUUGUAAUGGAGCCAGGAAUGCAGAUGGAGGAAGCUGGCAUAAGAAAAUGAGAGAAAUUACUUAGGUCUGAAUCAGGAAUCUUAGUUAUUCCAGUCAUUUGAUCACAGUUCAAAGCAAGCCCAUCAUAGAAUGCCUGCUGCCCUUACUAAUAACAGAAGCGUUGCAUAUAACUAACUCAAAGCAUGAAAUGGUCAGUAUCUUUAAUAGCCGUGAUUAUGUUGGCAGAAAUAACGACUGUUUACAGUAAAAAAUGCUUAUUUGGAUUAUUUCACCUGGUAGAAAAAUGAGGAUUUUUUUAAUAGUCAUAACUUAUUUCUUAAAUAAGCUGUUGGUGGUUUUUAGUAGCAUUAAUAUUUUGUAAUGAGAAAAUAGAAAAUGAAAAUUUAGAUGUUGUGUCCUCAAAAUACCAGAGAUGAGAUAAACAUUUGAUUAUUUAAUCAUUGUGCUUUAUUUCAAAUGAGUAAUUAUUGCAAGGGCCUGACCGUUAGAUGAACUUAACAGGAUAGUAGUAGUAAAAAACCUUGCAAUUUUCCUCUUCCCCUCUUCUAUCUGAUAACCUUUGAUAUUACUGUGUGAGUAAUUAAAAAUAUCAAGGAUGAAAGAUAAUUUACUGAAUGGCUUCAUUCUGACUUCAAAAUAAAUCUAUUAUUUGAGAAUCGUUUGGGAGUUAAAGCCCUUCCUUCAUUUUAUUUAAAUAAAAGAAGGGUUAUCAUUCCCGAAACCUUAGCAGAUAAUUUCAUUAGUUAGCUGAAACUGAUAUUGGGAUCAACUUAAGGGCACACAUAUUUAUAGCAAAAUGUAAUUGGCAAAGAAAAUAACUGUAGUAUUAGGAAUAGCACAAGUUAUCCAGAGCAUUGCUCUUUGCAUACAUCUGUCCAUCUACCAAAAUGGACACUGUCAGUGUUCAGCAGCUUUCUUAAUGUGUUUAAGCAUGAAGUAGAGCAGCAUAAAUACUAAUGGUUGACUUCACAUGCAUGGUUAAUAAUUAGAAAAGGAAAAUUGUUUCCCAGGACAGUUACUGGGGUUUUGCUGUGUCAUAAUAUGUUAAAAAAAAAACAAACAACAGUACUAAUACUUCAUGUGCAAAGUCACUUUAUGGCAAAGUUAGAUUAAUGGAAGUGAAAGCAAUGCUAACAUCAUUUAAGGGUACAUAAUAUGAAAGUCUAAUUUUACAGUUGCUUAUAACUUCUUAAGUUUACAUUUAAAAAGGGUCUUGGAUCAUGAAUACUGUACAUUUACUGUACACUGUGGAAUUCAGCUCUGUUAAAUAUUUAGAUUGUAUUGCCAGUCUAACUAAUUUACAGAAGGGAAUAUCUGCUUUUCAGCCCUUCCUCUUCAAAUUCCACCAAAAAUUGAAACUAUUUACCCUACUUUGUUAGUGACGUUUUCUCUGUGAGCAAGAUGCAUAUACACCCAUCGUAGAAAAUCUGAUGGACUUUCUAAUGGCAAUCUUAGCUAAGCAGAAUUAGCAGUUUACCAUUGAGUGACUUUAGCAUUUUCAAAAGCUCUUGUUUUGAAGUUGUUUACAAAUGUACUUUUAUCUUUCUGCUUAAACUAUUUUGGAGUGUUCAGGAACUAUUUCAGGUCCUCUUCUAUUCAGUUAAAGCUACUCCUCUGAUCAUGGAGGUGAAACAUCUAGUUUUGUCCAGGCACUGCCUUUUCAUUCUCAAAACAGUAACAGGCUCUGCUUUUGGUUAAUGUUUUGUGUAAAAUAUUGUGUAAUGAAAGUAUGCUUCUGUAUACUGUGCUGUUCUACCAAAAAUGCUUUUGUUUUAGGCUUUAUUUUUGUUUUUGUUUUUUGAUGAAAAGUUGAAGAUUGUAAUUCAAAACCUGUACAUAAAAUGGUGAAUGAUUUCAUAUGAUCUAGGAAUGAGCAGUGUGGCUUUCUGCUACAGGGGUGUAUUACACUACCAGGAAUAUAAUUAAUAAAAGUGAGAGAUUUCAAC